GUAUGGUGCAUUGUCCAAGAUUCCCGCCAAGAUUGCUGACUUGCGUGUGAAGUUUGAGUGCAGUAAUUCAAAGCAGUAUUAAAAUAAAAAUCAGUUCGAAGAGAAACGUCAUGACUACCUGGAGUGAGAGAGCUAAAGGUUUGCGAGACACCAAAGAUGUUGAUGAACUGGAAAAGAAGUAUGACGAACUAUGCGAGUAUUACGAUGAGGGAAAUCAUGAGCCACAGUACUUAUGCAACGCUCCUUAUGAAACAGCCAGGGCGGUUAUCCAGCUCGAACCGAAUCGAAAUGUCAAGAUACUCGAUGUCGGGUGCGGUACAGGACUUGUUGGGGAAGAGCUAUUCAAGGAAGGAUACCAAAAUAUCCAUGGAGUGGAUAUGUCUGCUGGUAUGCUGAAAAUGUGCAAGAAGAAGAAUGUCUACUCGAAGCUGGUUCGGGCCAGGUUUAGUCCAAGCGAACCUCUUGAGUACGUUAAUGGCUAUUUUGAUGUAGUCAUGUCCUGCGGAACAUUCGUCCCCGGUGCUCAUUUGAACCAGACAUGUCUCCCAGAGAUAUUUCGCCUCCUAAAACCCGGUGGAUACAUGGUGAUUGCGACUCGACAGAAAGCUUUUGAAGAAGAGCUUGGAGGCCUGGAACUAAAAAGUACUUUACCACAUCUUGUCGAAGAGGGAGUUCUGGCAAAACUGUCGCAUGAUGUGAUAAGAUACACAACAGAAAUUAACAUUGAUAUUCCUGGCGUCAUAUUGUCAUACAUUUUACUACCAACAGAGAAAGAGAAAAAUACCAAAUGAGAGGUGCCAAAGGAGUUAUUGACUACUCUUUCUACAAUUAUAACAUAUAGAUAAUAUAUGAAUAGUUCAUAUGAUUGAUAAUGAUAGUAGUGCUGAAUAGUACUUUAUUUUAUGAAAAAAAUCACUUGGUAAGCCUGACUACUACUAUAUACCUCAAACAAUAAUUCUACCACUGCACAUUUUAGAUUGUCUAGCUGUAUCACAUAAUAUUGUCGACAGAAUAUCUUUUCAUUAUGUACAGAAAAUGUCAGUAAAACAAAAAUGAUUAACGAAAUUCAUACAAUUAUAGAGUGAGUCAGAAAAUAUUGUGGACAGAUGUUACUACUUCUUUCACAAAUUGUUUAAUUCUUCACCCAGCCAUGCCGCCACUUGGCGCAACUUAGAUUUGACUACCUUCCGUAGAUUGUCUCGCCGCCAAUCAUACAUGCACAGAACCAUAUGAGAACGGCACCAGAAAAUAAUGAAAGAACUGAUGGUAAA